AUGGUGUCCCUUCCAACUCGCUUCAAAAAUGAGGCGCCAGCCACAACGCCCGAAAGCUUAUCCGGCGACGAGAAAGAUUGGGAAUUGGUCGGCGAUGGCUCACCCGAGGAGCAAAAGAAGAUCGACCCUACAUCUGUCGGGCUCGAUAUUCAUCGGUCGCAGGAUUCGGACGGGGUAAUUGUCUCAGUACGUUCACCGAAGGGGGCUCCGGCAAGCUUAGGCGAAAGACAACGCCUGCCGGUCGACAUUGUCCUGGUGAUCGACGUAUCAUGGAGCAUGGAAGACUUUGUCGAUUGCCCCGUGGAAGUAGGCGCCCAGUCGGCUUCAGGAGACCAGUCCGGGAAUGAGCCCAGCUAUCGCCAUUCGGUGCUGGACCUGGUUAAGAACGCGGCUCUCGCUGUUAUUGAGAACUUGGACGAGCAAGAUAGAAUCGGGAUUGUCACGUUCGGAUAUGACGCCGAGAUAGCGCAGGAGCUCACUUAUGUGACGAGCGAAUCUCGCGAGUCUAUCAUAACAAAAGUCCAGUCCCUCGAAGGGAACGGGGCAACGAAUUUAUGGGCGGGCCUCCGGAAAGGAUAUCAAAUGAUGUCAUCUGCCGGCCUGCGGUCAGCGGAGAAGUCUAGCAACCAAGCGCUUUCUGCGAUCUACCUGCUGACGGAUGGCUUGCCGAACGUCAUGCCUCCGGUGGAGGGCUACGUGCCAGCUUUACGGAAAUUGAUUGCACGUGAAACUGGAAAGGAAGGCGGCUCCGUUUCAAUGGCCGAGGUAGGUGGAGGAUACUAUGGAUUCAUCCCCAAUGGGUUUCUUAUAGCGACGAUCUUUACGCACGCCAUUGCAAACUUAUUUGCAACUUUCACAACAUCUGCAACUUUAAGGGUCACCGUCUCCGGCUGCUCGGAGAUGCCAAAGCCGUUAGAGGGCGCGGCCUUGUACAGACAAAAGGAAAACGCAUUGGAGAUCUCUCUUUACAACCUCCAAUACGGACAAACACGCGACGUGUUGCUUGUCUGGCCAAAGGAGCUCGAGAAGUCCAAUUCUGCCUCGAUCACGAUAUCCGCGGCACUCGAGUACACGGGUCCAGGACUAGGCUCUCAGCCAGCGAAGAUCACAACGGAGGCGUCUAGCAUCCCGAAAAACCCUAACCCGGCCUUCGCAAAGUACCACCUGCACCGUUCGAUGGUCUGCGAGUUCCUGAAUUCGCUCUCCAAACUCGAUGGCGACGAAGAGUACAUUACUAUGCCUAUAAACGACCUGGACAAGGCCCUGACCAGGCUCGACGAGCUUAUCCGGAAGAUCAAGUCCAGCGAUUGCGCAGGAAGCGGCAGCCAGGACUUCCUGUACGAUCUCGGGUCCAGUCUCGACGAGGCGCGAGCGAGCAGCGCGGAUCCGGCUGGCCAAGUAAUGCAAGCCCUGUUCCGCCCAAUGUAUUUCGACAGAUGGGGCAAACACUACCUCCCAUCCCUCCUCCACGCCUACCGCAACCAGCUCUGCCUCAACGAAAAAGACCACGGCCCCAAAGCCUUCGUCGCCACCAACCCCCUCUUCCACCACUUCAAAGAAGCCCAGAGCACCUCCUGGGACAAAGCCCAAGACCGCCUCAUGGAGAUCGUCAAGAAGCAGGCCCGCGCCGACGCCGAAGCCGCCGCGCGCGGCGAGCAGCAGCGGUCUCCGCCGGCAUACUCCUACUCCAGCAGCCGCGGCCUGGCGGCACAACCAAGCUCGCGCGUCAUCUCCAUGGCCGCCUACAACAACCCCCACAACCCCUGCUUCGCCGGCCCGUCCCGCAUCCUCCUCGCCUCCGGCCGCCGCAUCCCCGUCCGCCUCCUGCGGCCCGGCGCUGCCGUCCUCACGCCCGCUGGACCUCGCCGCGUCGCUGCUGUCGUCGAGACGGCGCUGCGUAGUGUCGCGUUGUGUGAGUUGGGCGAGCUGUUGGUCACGCCGUGGCACCCCGUGUUCGACGCGCAGAGCGCGGCGUGGGUGUUCCCGGCGACGGUUGCGGAGGCGCGCGUUCGGCGUGGCGUGAAGGUGUAUUCGGUGAUGCUAGAGGAAGGGAAGGGGCCGGAAGCGCAUGCGGUAGAUGUUGGGGGCUAUUGGUGCGUCACGCUUGGCCAUGGGGUGGUGGAGAAGGUGGAAGGGGAUGCGAGGGGGCACGAGUUUUUUGGAGACUAUGCGAGGGUGAGGGGGGAGCUGAGGAGGCUGCCGCAGAAGGGGAAGGGUGGGGUGUUGCGUUGUGGUGGUAUGAGGCGGGAUGAAGUGACGGGGUUGGCUUGUGGGUUUGAGAGGCCCGGUAGAGGACGCAAUGGCAAGGUGCGGCGGCGGUAUGGUGGGUGCCAGCAGAAGAUCUCAGCUAUCCUCCCAUGA